AUGGCCGCUCGGCACUCGCGCAAGCUCUUGAGACCUCUCCUCUACACAUCCGCUGCCGCUGCCGCAGGAGCAGGUGUUCUCUACAUUUCUUAUCGUCCGCGAAAUAUUCCGGGCCUCGAAGCCCCGGCCGUUCCUCCGCCAGGUUACCGUGAAGGCAAACUGGUUCCACCCAGUUUCCCUUCAAUCAAGUCUCGCCUCGAUCAGAUUCAGGACCUUAAGCGCAGUAACGACGAGGAGGAAUAUGACCUGCUCAUCAUUGGUGCCGGAGCCACUGGAGCUGGUAUCGCACUAGAUGCCGCCACCCGAGGCCUGAAGGUCGCGGUGGUGGAGAGAGAUGACUUCAGUUCGGGUACUAGUAGUAAGAGUACCAAACUGGUACACGGUGGUGUCCGUUACCUUGAAAAGGCUGUGUGGGAGUUGGACUACAAUCAGUAUGCGCUAGUCAAGGAGGCUCUCAGGGAGCGCAAGUAUUUCUUGAACACAGCUCCCCAUCUGUCAUCAUGGCUGCCAAUCAUGGUGCCUGUUCAGAAAUGGUGGCAGGCUCCCUAUUUCUGGGCCGGCACCAAGGCCUAUGACUUCUUGGCUGGUUCCGAGGGCAUUGAGACCUCGUACUUCCUAACCAAGAGUAAGGCCAUUGACGCGUUCCCCAUGCUGAAGCGUGACGACAUCAUUGGGGCAAUGGUCUACUAUGAUGGUGCGCACAAUGACUCCCGCAUGAACGUCUCUCUCGCCAUGACCGCUGCGCUCUACGGUACCACCGUAGUGAACCACUUGGAGGUCACUGGACUGAACAAGGAUGCAUCCGGUAAGCUGUGCGGUGCGCGCGCCAAGGACCUCGUCACAGAGAAGAACGGCCAGGUCGCCCAGGAUGCUGGUGUCCACAUCAUCCUGCCUGGUUACUUCAGCCCCUCAAACAUGGGUCUAAUUGACCCUUCCACAUCGGAUGGACGUGUGAUCUUCUUCCUGCCGUGGCAGGGUAACACCAUCGCUGGUACCACGGAUCAGCCCUGUGAGAUCGAGGCCCAACCCCAGCCCACUGAGAAGGACAUCAACUGGAUUCUUUCGGAGAUCCGUGGCUACAUCGCUCCGGAUAUCACCGUGGACCGAAGCGACGUCCUGGCUGCCUGGUCUGGUAUCCGUCCCUUGGUGCGCGAUCCCAAGGUGAAGAACUCGGAGGCUCUCGUCCGAAACCACCUGGUGACCGUCUCUCAGUCUGGACUGUUGACUUGCGCCGGUGGUAAGUGGACCACUUAUCGCCAGAUGGCCGAGGAGGCCGUGGACGAGGCGAUCAAGGUGUUCAAGCUCAAGCCCCGCCAGCUCAGCACCCUUCCCGACAUCAGUGGUGUCGGUGGCAGUGGCCUGGUUGCUGACGGUGCCGUUCUCGACGGUAGCUGCCAGACCCACCAGGUGCGCCUCAUCGGUGCCCACGGUUUCUCCAAGACCCUGUUCAUCAACCUUAUCCAGCACUUCGGUCUGGAGACCGACGUGGCCAAGCACCUCACCGAGUCGUACGGUGACCGCUCAUGGCAGGUCGCUGCCUUGUCUUCCCCUACCAGCGAACGUUUCCCUGUGCGCGGCCACCGCAUCUCCCCCAUGUAUCCCUUCAUUGAUGGCGAGGUCCGCUACGCCGUUCGUCACGAGUAUGCCCAAACCGCCGUCGAUGUGAUUGCCCGCCGCACCCGUCUGGCUUUCCUGAACGCCGAGGCCGCUCUCGAAUCCCUCCCCACCGUGAUUGACCUGAUGGGUGAGGAAUUGGAGUGGACUACUGCCCGCAAGGAACUUGAGUGGAAAGAUUCCUUGACUUUCCUUUCGUCCAUGGGUCUGCCCAAGAGCUUCAUGGGCCUUUCGCGUCGUGAUGUCCAGAAUGGCCGUGUUAAGCAGGUCGAUGAUGCCGAGCGUGCGACUUUCUCUCGUGACGCGUGCUACUACUGCAGCUCCUGCAGCUCCUGCAGCAACACCCUCGCUCAAUUAGAUGAAUGUGAGGUCGAUCCCCAACCGCUGAGCUUUGUGAAGCAAAAGCUGGAUCCGGAUAAACAGUCCGUCUUACCAAAGCCAGAGUUGGAGGAACAGGAUCCCUUUGGAGAUGAAAGCCAAGCUGGCGUGAAGUACAAGACCAUGGCGUGGUGGCAAGCCGGUAUGAUCAUGAUCGCAGAAACCAUCUCGCUUGGUAUUCUCGCGCUGCCCAAAGCGCUUGCGGUGCUAGGUCUUAUUCCCGGCAUCCUAACCAUCCUUGGGGUUGGGACAAUCUCGACGUAUACUGCGUAUACCAUCGGACAAUUCAAAUGCCGCCAUGUUCAAGUGCACAGCAUGGCUGAUGCUGGUGAUAUUUUGAUGGGAAAGGUCGGACGGAGUACACUGGACGUGGCCCAGCUCAUCUUUUUCGUGUUGGUGAUGGGGAGCCAUGUCCUCACUUUUUCGAUCAUGAUGAACGUCCUCACUGAACAUUCCUCUUGCACCAUCAUAUUUUCGGUUGUCGGUUUACUCGCCUCGUUUAUGUUGACCCUUCCACGGCGACUUGAGAGGCUUUCUCACAUCUCCUCCGUGAGUUUUGUGAGUAUCGUCGGAGCUGUUCUCACAGGUAUGAUUGGGGUCACCCUUGUCAAAGAAGGGCCAGUGCAUGUCUCGGCCUUUUCGCCUUCGCCCAAAGUGCAUGAUGCGUGCCUUGCUAUUGCAAAUAUCAUCUUUGCGUACGCAGGACAUGUUGCAUUCUUUACCCUUUUCUCUGAGCUCAGAGAGCUCAGGGACUUCCCGAAGGCUCUGGCACUUCUGCAGGUGAGUGAAAUGGUCUUGUAUACGGUGGCUGCCAUUAUGAUAUAUGCCUAUAUUGGGCCGACUGUCAACUCGCCCGCUCUCAAUUCUGCUGGACAAUUGUUUCGCAAGAUUUCCUACGCAAUCGCAAUACCUACGAUUGUGAUCGGGGGUGUGGUGAAUGCGCAUGUUGCCGUCAAGUUCAUCUACGUUCGUGUCUUCCGGGGAACGAACUCGAUGCAUAGCCGAUCGUUCCUGGCGCGGUUACUGUGGGCCGCGAUAUGUGCGGCGCUUUGGAUCUUGUCGUGGAUCAUCGCGGAGGGAAUCCCGGUUUUUAACGAUGUGCUGGGGCUGGCAAGUUCCUUAUUUGCUAGUUGGUUUUCAUUUGGUCUACCAGGGCUGUUUUGGCUCUAUUUGAACCGAAGUUGUUGGUUCCUGACUUGGCGACAGAGGGUGUUGUUCGGCUUCAAUAUCUUUCUGGUGUUUCUUGGAUUUCUCAUUUGCAUUAUCGGGUUGUAUUCGUCUAUUCGGUCGAUCUUUCACAACCUUCGCGAGGGUGUUGGGGGAGGCAGCUUCUCAUGUGCCGAUAACUCCCUAUACUGA